AAACAAAUUACAUGGGUCUAAAAGCCACUUAUUGAAAACUUAAGGGAAGAUGGUGCACAUCACCAAUAUAUGAUUAGUGAAAAACGAAGUCUUUUCAAAUUCAACGGCGUCGUCACAGUCGACAUAGUAGGGUUUAGGCCGUAGACGGUGGUUUUAGCACUGUAUUGCGAUGAAGCCGGUGGUAGGGAGAGUAGUGUCGAACAAAAUGCAGAAAUCAGUUGUGGUGGCAGUCGAUCGGCUCUUCCAUAACAAGCUUUACAAUCGAUAUGUUAAGCGCACCUCCAAAUUCAUGGCUCAUGACGAGAAGAACGAGUGCAAUAUCGGUGAUCGCGUUAAGUUGGAUCAUUCAAGACCACUGAGCAAGCGUAAGCACUGGGUUGUUGCUGAAAUAUUGAAAAGAGCAAGAAUUUAUGUACCUCCUUCAGCACGAACUACCACUGAGACGGUCAACAAGACUGAAGUGUCUCCUAACGCUAGUUAGAGUUGAAAGAGAAGUAUUAUCUCCACUUCGCCUUGUGUAUCCAGAACAAAAUCCUAUUUUCAACUUUCUGGUGUUUUUGGUCCACUAUUGUGAAACGGGAACAUGCCAACUGCUGUUUUAGGGUUGACCAACUAGAUUGAAGACUAGUUCCAGUUGGAAGCUGGUGAUUUCCAGGUUUAACAUGGUCUGCGUGGUGAAUAGACCCAAACAGCCAAAGUAGGAGUUAGUAGAAGACUAUAAGACGAUAGGAGUUAUGAUAUUCGAGGGUGUUAAGCAACUGAAUAUUAUAGUCCUGCAAUUGCCUUGUCGUCUUUUUCCAUUGUUACUGUCAUUACCGGCUAUGAAGGUCGUUUCAUCAUUUUGUUGUGAAUCUUGUCUGAAUUACGCGUCUUCAUAGCUCUUAAACUUAGUAACAGAGCGUCUGUUUUUUCCCCGAUGCUUGUUAUAUAUUGGUGAAAGUAUUUUCA